CGCACCUUUAAAAAGAGCAGAGAGAAAAAAGUGGAGACUCUCUUGGAAAAACGCCCAUCAAAGGUUCUUCAACAGUAUAAAUUCAGAUCAUAAAUCAGAGGCAACUCACUUGUUUCUUCUUCUUCUUGAUAAAGUCAGGCGGUGCCGAUUGAUUUGGUCAGCUUUUCGAUUGAUUGAUUGAUUGUAACGAUGUCGUGUUCUUCGUCGUCGGCAUCGGAGGAAGAUGAAGAGGGGAUCGAUUCCUACCGCAAAGGAGGUUAUCAUGCGGUUAGAGUAGGGGAUCAGUUCUCCGGUGGCCGUUAUAUUGCACAGAGAAAGCUGGGGUGGGGCCAGUUUUCUACUGUUUGGCUCGCUUACGAUACUCGAUCCUCUAAAUACGUUGCUCUUAAGAUCCAGAAAAGUGCAGCACAAUUUGCUCAAGCUGCGCUUCAUGAGAUUGAACUCCUUUCAGCCAUAGCUAACAGUGACCCUUCAAAUUCCAAGUGUGUUGUGCAACUGAUUGACCACUUCAAGCAUGCAGGGCCAAAUGGGCAGCAUCAGUGCAUGGUCCUUGAAUUUCUUGGUGACAGUUUAUUGAGGUUAAUCAGGCAUAAUCGUUACAAAGGACUUGAAUUGGAUAAAGUUAGAGAGAUCUGUAAAUGCAUUGUGACAGGUUUGGAUUACUUGCAUAGAGAACUUGGUAUAAUCCACUCUGACCUAAAACCCGAAAAUAUUCUUCUCUUUUCCACCAUUGAUCCUGCCAAAGAUCCAAUUAGGUCUGGGCUCACACCAAUCCUGGAAAGGCCUGAGGGAAACCAUAAUGGUACUUCCACUAUGACUCUCAUCGAGAAGAAGUUGAAAAGGAGGGCAAAGAGGGCAGUUGCUAAGAUAUCAGGAAGAAGAGUUUCAAUGGGAGGAGCCGUGCAAAAGCCUGAGAGAUCUCUGGAUGGGAUUGAUGUGAGGUGCAAGGUUGUUGAUUUUGGAAAUGCGUGUUGGGCUGAUAAGCAGUUUGCAGAAGAAAUUCAAACCAGACAGUAUAGAGCUCCUGAAGUCAUUUUGCGAUCUGGGUAUUCCUUCUCUGUUGAUAUGUGGUCUUUUGCUUGCACGGCGUUUGAGCUUGCUACUGGGGACAUGUUGUUCGCUCCCAAGGACGGACAAGACUACAGUGAAGAUGAGGAUCACCUUGCUCUUAUGAUGGAACUCCUUGGAAAGAUGCCAAGAAAGAUAGCCAUUGGAGGAGCUCUAUCCAAGGAUUAUUUUGACAGGCAUGGGGAUCUUAAGAGGAUUCGGAGGCUGAAGUUUUGGCCACUUGAUCGCUUGCUGGUUGAAAAAUACAAAUUCUCUGAAAAUGAUGCGCGGGAGUUUGCGGAAUUUCUUUGUCCCCUUUUUGAUUUUACACCAGAGAAGCGGCCCACUGCCCAGCAGUGCCUGCAACACCCAUGGUUCAAUCUCAAAAGCUCUACGCCGAACGAGGCUAAAAGUGAAUCUAAGGUGGCAAAGUUGGGUGUUGGAGUGAGCAAUCUGAAGGUGGGUAAGUGAUGAAGGGGUCGUAGGUGAUCGCACAAUUCUCAAGUCCCUCCCUCCACCUGUAUGAAUGAUUGUUAUUUUGGCUUGUUAUAUUCAAUAAGAUUUAUUAUUUUUUCA